AAGCAUAAUUAUCACAUUUUAUUUCUUUUUUUCCUUCAGGCUUCCAUUUGAGUUGAAGUUUUUAGUUGUUGUAGAGAAAAACAUAAAUCUUCUGGAAAAAAAUGUUGGAAGCUAUAGACAAAAGCCGGGCUCUGCAGGCUGUGGAGCGGCUGCAGGCCAAGCUGCGGGAACGUGGGGACGCAGCGAACGAGGAGAAGCUGAGCCUCCUGAAGUCCGUGCUACAGAGCCCGCUCUUCAGUCAGAUUCUGAGUCUCCAGACUUCAGUGCAGCAGCUGCGAGACCAGGUGACCAUUGCAAGCUGUACAACUUCAAAUGUUGAAUAUGCCCACAUUCCCCACCUCAAUCCAGCUGUGCUUCCUACUCUGCAAAGUGAGUCAUUUUCAUUAUCCCCAACCAAUGGGCAUAUGGAAGCAUUUACAAGAUCUGGUAGUCCACACAUCAACGGAAAAACUGCAUCUGAAGAAUUUGAGCAGCUGAUUAAAAAUAUGGCCCAGGGUCGCCAUGUAGAAGUUUUUGAACUCCUCAAACCUGCAUGUGGAGGCCUUGGAUUUAGUGUUGUGGGUUUAAGAAGUGAAAACAGGGGAGAGCUGGGAAUAUUUGUACAAGAAAUUCAGGAGGGCAGUGUGGCUCACAGAGAUGGGAGAUUGAAGGAAACCGAUCAGAUCCUUGCUAUCAACGGGCAGGCAUUGGACCAAACCAUCACUCAUCAGCAAGCUAUCAGCAUCCUGCAGAAAGCCAAAGAUACUGUGCAGCUGGUUAUCGCCAGGGGCUCCAGGCCGCCAGUGAUCAGCCCAGUGGUCUCCCGGUCUCCAUCGGCGGCCAGCACAGUCUCGGCCCACUCAAAUCCCGUUCACUGGCAGCAUGUGGAAACCAUUGAACUGGUGAAUGAUGGUUCUGGUCUGGGAUUUGGCAUCAUAGGAGGAAAAGCAACUGGUGUGAUCGUAAAAACCAUCUUGCCUGGAGGGGUAGCUGAUCAGCAUGGACGAUUAUGCAGUGGAGACCACAUUCUAAAGAUUGGAGAUACAGACCUCGCAGGAAUGAGCAGUGAACAAGUAGCACAAGUCCUCAGGCAAUGUGGAAACAGAGUUAAGUUGAUGAUUGCGAGAGGUGCCAUGGAGGAAUCUGCCGCACCCACCUCCUUGGGCAUCGGCUUCUCGUCAUCCCCUUCUCCACUGGAGAUGCGGGUUGAUGCUUCUACUCAGAUAAGUGAAGAAAGUGAGACCUUUGAUGUAGAACUCACGAAAAAUGUCCAAGGAUUAGGAAUUACCAUUGCUGGUUACAUUGGAGAUAAAAAAUUAGAACCUUCAGGAAUCUUUGUCAAGAGCAUUACCAAAGGCAGUGCAGUUGAACUUGAUGGAAGAAUCCAAGUUGGAGAUCAAAUUAUAGCAGUAGAUGGCACCAACCUUCAGGGUUUUACCAAUCAACAGGCAGUGGAGGUGUUGCGACACACAGGGCAGACUGUGCGGCUGACACUAAUGAGAAGAGGGACAAAGCAGGAAAUGGAGCUCACUGCAAGGGAGGAAGACACGAAAGAUGCGGAUUCAUCUCUUGCUAGCACAGCUGUGAGCAAAGAAAAUCAUGAAAAAGAUGAAGAUUCUUUAUCUUUGAGAAGAAAUAUCAGCAUAUUACCAAUUGAAGAAGAAGGGUAUCCAUUACUGUCAGCUGAAAUGGAAGACAGAGAGGAUGCCCAGCAACAAGAAGCUGCUCUGUUGGCCAAGUGGCAACAUAUUAUGGGCAUUAACUACGAAAUAGUGGUGGCCCAUGUGAGCAAGUUUAGUGAGAAUAGUGGGUUGGGCAUAAGUCUGGAAGCCACAGUAGGGCAUCAUUUCAUCCGAUCUGUUCUACCAGAAGGUCCAGUUGGACACAGUGGGAAGCUCUUCAGUGGAGAUGAGCUGUUGGAAGUGAAUGGCAUCACUUUGCUUGGGGAAAAUCACCAAGAUGUGGUCAAUAUUUUAAAAGAACUGCCUAUAGAAGUGACAAUGGUGUGCUGUCGUCGAACUGUACCACCCACGACCCAGUCAGAGCUGGGUACCCUGGACUUAUGUGAUAUUGAACUAACAGAAAAGCCUCACGUUGAUCUAGGCGAGUUCAUCGGAUCUUCGGAGACAGAGGAUCCGGUGGAGGUGCCUGCGGUGGUCCCGAACACAGAGGAGGGUCCUGCGCCCUUGGCAAUGUGGGAGGCUGGCGUUCAGUACAUUGAGCUGGAGAAAGGGAGCAAAGGACUUGGUUUUAGCAUUUUAGAUUACCAGGAUCCAAUUGAUCCAGCAAGCACUGUGAUUGUAAUUCGUUCUUUGGUGCCUGGUGGCAUUGCUGAAAAAGAUGGACGCCUGCUUCCUGGAGACCGACUCAUGUUUGUCAAUGACGUGAACUUGGAAAACAGCAGUCUUGAAGAAGCUGUGGAGACGCUAAAGGGGGCACCCUCAGGCACUGUGAGAAUAGGAGUUGCUAAGCCUUUACCUCUUUCACCAGAAGAAGGUUACGUCUCUGCUAAGGAGGAGUCCUUUCUGUAUCCACCACACUCCAGUGAGGAUGAGGGGCUGACUGACGCAGCCCUCUUCAGGGCUGACUUGGCUCUGGUGGACACACAUGAUGCUGACUUGGUGGAUGAGUCCACAUUUGAGUCGCAGUACUCUCCGGAUAAUGACAGCAUCUACUCUGCUCCAGCUCCUGUUUUAUCUCUGCAUGGCAGUGUUUGUGGAGACGGCCUAAACUAUAGUCCCUCGCUUCCACCAUCUCCUCCCAAGGAUAUUAUUGAGCAUUCUUCCAAUCCAGUUCUUGAUCUGCAUAUGUCCUUGGAGGAGCUCUAUACACAAAAUCUGCUGCAAAGAAAGGAUGAAACUCCAGCUUCGGUAGACUUGAGUAUGGGGCCUGCUUCAGGCUUCACCCUAAAUGAAUAUACACCUGCAAAUGCCGUUGAACAGCACUACAAAUGUGAAAACACAAUAGCUUGGGCUGAGUCUCACUUACCAAGUGAAGUUAUAUCCUGCGCAGAACUUACCUCUCCCUUGCUACUUGAUUCAACUGAAAAGUACUUGCCUAGUGAGAGCUCCCUGGUCUCCAGUGCUGAGUGUGCCAUGCUCCAAAAUAUAACUAAAGAGUCUUUUGUGAAGACUAUUAUUGCAGCAAAAGGCAAUUCUAGCCUGGGGAUGACAGUCAGUGCUAAUAAGGAUGGCUUGGGGAUGAUAGUUCGGAGCAUUAUUCAUGGUGGUGCCAUUAGUCGAGAUGGGCGCAUUGCAGUUGGGGACUGCAUCUUGUCCAUUAACGAAGAAUCUACCAUCAGCUUAACCAACGCCCAGGCGCGAGCCAUGCUGAGAAGGCAUUCUCUCAUUGGGCCUGACAUCAAAUUUUCUGCAGCACCUGCUGACUAUCGAGCCCCCUUUUAUGUAAUUACUUACGUGCCUGCAGAACAUUUGGAAGAAUUCAGAAUGACCUUGGGACAACAGACUGGAGGAAUAAUGGCACUGGAUGUUUUCCCUUCCUAUGCUGGCAGAGAUAUUCCAGAACUUCCAGAGCGAGAAGAAGGAGAAGGAGAAGAAAGUGAACUUCAGAAUGCAGCAUACAGUAAUUGGAAUCAGCCCAGGAGGGUUGAACUUUGGAGAGAACCAAGCAAAUCCUUGGGCAUCAGCAUUGUUGGUGGACGAGGGAUGGGGAGUCGUCUCAGCAACGGAGAAGUAAUGAGGGGCAUUUUCAUCAAACAUGUUCUUGAAGAUAGUCCAGCUGGCAAAAACGGAACCUUGAGACCUGGAGAUAGAAUUGUAGAGGUGGAUGGAAUGGACCUCAGAGAUGCAAGCCAUGAACAAGCUGUGGAAGCCAUUCGGAAAGCAGGCAACCCUGUAGUGUUUAUGGUACAGAGCAUUAUAAACAAACAAAGGAAAGCCCCUUUGCAUUCCUUGCCGCUCAGCCUUUACCCUAAGUACAACUUCAGCAGCACUAACCCAUUUGCUGACUCUCUGCAGUUCAACGCUGACAAGGCACCCAGUCAGUCAGAAGCAGGGCCAGACAAGGCUCCAUUGUGCCAUGUGCCUCCACCCACUCCUCCGAUAGCAAAAAGAGGCGGUGAUCUUAUACAGCCUGAAAGUAAAACCUCAGAAGAUGCAGACAAGGAGGAUGAGUUUGGGUACAGCUGGAAAAAUAUCAGAGAGCGUUAUGGAACCCUGCCAGGAGAACUCCAUGUGAUUGAACUGGAGAAAGGUCGUAGUGGUUUGGGUCUCAGUCUUGCUGGAAACAAAGACCGGUCGAGAAUGAGUGUGUUUGUCGUGGGGAUUGACCCGAAUGGAGCAGCGGGGAAGGAUGGUCGUUUGCAGAUUGCGGAUGAGCUUCUGGAGAUCAAUGGUCAAGUUUUAUAUGGGAGAAGUCAUCAGAAUGCCUCAUCAAUCAUUAAAUGUGCCCCUUCUAAAGUAAAAAUAAUUUUCAUCAGAAAUAAAGAUGCAGUGAGUCAGAUGGCUGUAUGUCCUGGAAAUGCAGGAGAACCAUUAGCUUCUACCUCAGAGAACCUUCAAAAUAAGGAGGCGGAGCCCAGUGUUACUGUGUCUGAGGCAGCUGUGGACCUCAGUUCAUUUAAAAAUGUGCAGCAGCUGGAGCUUCCCAAGGAUCAAGGAGGUUUGGGUAUUGCUAUCAGUGAAGAUGACACUCUCAAUGGAGUCAUCAUAAAGAGUCUGACAGAGCAUGGAAUAGCAGCAAAGGAUGGACGACUCAAAGUGGGAGAUCAAAUCUUGGCCGUAGAUGAUGAAGUUGUUGUUGGCUAUCCAGUUGAGAAGUUUAUUAGCCUUUUGAAGACAGCGAAGACGACGGUCAAACUUACCAUUUGUGCCGAGAAUCCAGAUUUGCAGGCUGUUCCUUCAGCAGCUGGAGCAGCCAGUGGAGAAAAGAUGAGCAGCUGCCAGUCUCCUGUGGUCCUGCAGUCAAGCUCCCCGGAACCUGAGUCCAUCCGAAGUACAAGCAGAUCAUCAACACCCGCAGUCUUUGCUUCUGAUCCUGCAACCUGCCCCAUUAUCCCUGGCUGCGAAACAACAAUUGAGAUUUGCAAGGGGCGAACAGGACUGGGCCUGAGCAUCGUGGGCGGGUCAGACACACUGCUGGGUGCCAUUAUCAUCCAUGAAGUUUAUGAAGAAGGAGCAGCAUGCAAAGAUGGAAGACUCUGGGCUGGAGACCAGAUAUUAGAGGUGAAUGGGAUUGACUUGAGAAAGGCCACCCAUGAUGAAGCCAUCAAUGUCCUGAGACAGACACCACAAAGAGUGCGCCUGACGCUCUACCGUGACGAGGCCCCCUACAGAGAGGAGGACGUGUGCGAUGCUGUCACUGUGGAGCUGCAGAAAAAGCCAGGCAAAGGCCUGGGCCUGAGCAUUGUCGGUAAAAGGAAUGAUACUGGAGUGUUUGUGUCGGACAUUGUGAAAGGAGGAAUUGCAGAUGUUGAUGGAAGACUGAUGCAGGGAGACCAGAUAUUAAUGGUAAACGGAGAAGACGUACGGAACGCCACCCAGGAAGCUGUUGCUGCUUUGCUUAAGUGUUCCCUAGGCACAGUAACCUUGGAAGUUGGAAGAAUCAAAACUGGCCCAUUUCAUUCAGAACGGAGACCUUCUCAAAGCAGCCAGGUGAGUGAAGGCAGCUUGUCAUCUUUCACUUUGCCACUUUCUGGAACAAGUACAACCGAGUCGCUGGAAAGUAGCUCAAAGAAGAAUGCAUUAGCGUCUGAAAUACAGGGAUUAAGAACAGUUGAAAUAAAAAAGGGGCCAACUGACUCUUUAGGAAUCAGCAUUGCUGGGGGAGUGGGCAGCCCGCUGGGUGAUGUUCCCAUAUUUAUUGCCAUGAUGCAUCCAAAUGGAGUGGCAGCUCAGACUCAGAAACUCAGAGUGGGGGAUAGGAUUGUGUCUAUCUGUGGCACAUCUACAGAAGGGAUGACUCACACCCAAGCAGUCACCUUACUGAAAAAUGCCUCGGGCUCCAUUGAAAUGCAGGUGGUUGCAGGAGGAGAUGUAAGCGUGGUCACAGGGCAUCAGCAGGAACCUGUCACUUCUGGCCCUCCUUUCAACGGGCUUACAUCUGGCAGUAUAUUUCAGGAUGAUUUAGGACCACCCCAGUGCAAAUCUAUUACCUUGGACCGAGGGCCAGAUGGCCUAGGCUUCAGUAUAGUAGGGGGCUACAGCAGCCCUCACGGAGACUUACCCAUUUACGUUAAAACCGUGUUUGCAAAGGGAGCAGCCUCUGAAGAUGGGCGUCUCAAAAGGGGCGACCAGAUCAUUGCUGUCAACGGGCAGAGUCUGGAAGGGGUCACCCAUGAAGAAGCGGUUGCCAUCCUUAAACGGACAAAAGGCUCCGUCACCUUGAUGGUUCUCUCCUGAGUUGGUUGCCAGAAGGGGCCGGCCCCAGCCCCUCAUCUCUUCACACUGCAAGGAGUGCAUUCGAUCGAGGACUUGUCCCUUGCUGUAUUGCUGGACUUUUCAAAAUCGUAAAGGGGUGGAAAAUAGCAUGUCAUGUUAUUUUUUCUCAUAUGACAGCGGUUUUCUUGCUGAAGUCCUAAUAUCUUCUUUCCUUUCCCCCUGCAUUUUGUGAACUUGAAGUCAGAAGGAAUAUUGUUGCAUAGAGAAAUCCAGAUUUUUGGGGGCAGAAGGAAAGAUAUGUAGAGAAGAUUUUAUCAUCAUAUGGGAAAAAUUCUAAUGUGUUAAGAAAAAUAAGUGUAAGACUAACACAGAGCUAUGUAAUUAGGUGAGAAACAAAAUGUGAAAUAAAGAAGAGAAUCUUGAAAUUUUUCAUAAAUAUGCUUCAAUCCAUCUUCUUGGUAAUCCAUCUCCUCUCCUCCACUCUAAAAAGAAUAAUAUUUGUCUUGGAAAGUUAUUAAAAUACCUUCAGUGUUUAUAAUGCAUAUUAAUAAUUGUACCUUCCUAAUUCUAAUAUAUACACAAUUUUCUUGACAAAAUUGUGUUAUGUUACUGAGUUAACAGCAAAUACAUACAUAAAGUAAUUUCCCUAAGCUUUGUAAAGAAAUCAUAUAUAAUGUACAUCCUGAUGUUGGUUUUAGGGCUCUGACUUUUUAUAAAAUAUUUUCAUGUUACUGUAAGUAAGACAAAGAUAGCACCCCAUGUUGUCAAUGAAUUUUCUGGAAAGCCACAAUGCCGGUUAUUGAAACUCAUGGAAGACUUCAAGAAUCUUUUAGUGCUGCUUUAACAGUGGAUGCAAUAUGGAAACUAUGUUGGUAUGCUGUCUAAUUGGCUUUCAAUUAGUAUUAAUCUUAAUGACAGAGAAAAAAGCAAUGUGUUAGUAAUUAUUUUGGUUGCAUGCCAUUAGUAAAUCGAUAGAAAAAGUAAGAGGAUUAGCAUAACUUCAUUUCGUUGCCUUAUAUUAACAUCUUAUAAUACAAUAGUUUAAGACGAAGGGAAGCAGAUGGAAUUGUUUAUUGGGACAACUGGUGAGGAAUUAUCAUGUGUUCACUCCCAUUUUAGAGCGUGAAAUUCCUACAUUAGAAUAUAUAGUCACUUGAAAUAUUAUCUAUAUUUGUAACAGAAGUAGUGUACAGAUAUUUUAUUACAGCAUUUCUGUGUAAAUGAAGAAUUAAAGUGAAUAAAUAAGAAGUUUCAGUGGAGCACAGAUACAGAAAUGGGUGUGUUUUUGUUCUUUUUACUGCCAAAAGGCUUUAUUGUAUUGUUUGAGAUUUACAAUUUAAACUGGUUUUUAUCAUGUCUAACUGCACAUAUGGUGUCCAUAGUUACAAGUAGAGGGACUUCGGAUGGCAUCUUUAUGAAAAGCUCAGUAUUUUUUACCUCUACAACUUUUUUCUGAUUUGCAGGGCUCAUAAAUUCUUCCUGAGCAGAGGAAGUUGUAUUCAUGGGAAGAGAAAUGUGCUGCAUGAUUCUUGCCCUCGGUGUUGUCACUGAAGUACUAUCGCCAUUGAUUCUUUAGGAUACUCAGGUGCUACAAUGUUUUCAGGUUGGAAAAAAUCAUAAUAAAAUCGUUUAUAUUAA